GGGUUCCUUUACAAUAUUUUGGUAUGAAUUUCACAUGGUAUCAAAGCCUGGUUACCAAAACUAGGGGUUUAGACUCAGCAAUCCCGCAUUCUUCUUCUUGAGAAUUUUUCCUUUUGAUUCUCGUUUACCUCAUCAAUGUCGACGGAGGCAGCCUCAGCUAUGUCGUCGUCGACGUCGACUGUUGCUUCGGUUCCUAUCAACACAGUCACAAACCCUUUCUACAUCAACCCAAAUGAAGCCUUGAGUUUUCCUAUCAAACUUACAGGCACAACCAACUACAAUUUAUGGAGUAGAACUGUUCGAGUUGCUCUGAAAAGCAAAAACAAGCUUGGGUUCAUCACAGGGGCGAUUCCCGUCCCAGAUCUGACGCACGAAAGCUACCAAGCUUGGGAGCAGAGUAACACAGCAGUCUACUUCAUGAUUCUUGGGUCUCUGGAUCCUAGCCUGGUCAACAGUGUCUCUUCACAAGACAAUGCCAAGCUUCUUUGGGAUGAUUUGAGGCAGAGGUAUGGACAGGCAGAUAACAUUCGCAUCAGUGAUCUUCAGACUGCUAUCUACACUCUGAAGCAAGGUAACAAAUCAGUGAACCAGUUCUAUUCUGAAUUGAAGGGGCAUUGGGAAGAAUUAGUCCAAUUUUUACCAAUUCCAGAAUGUGUGUGUGGUGAAGAACCUAGAAAUAGCGCUGUUCCUUGUGUGACUGAGACCACUGUUAGGAAAUAUAGGGAGAAUGAGUUUGUGACUAGAUUCAUUACUGGAUUGAAUGAAUCAUAUGGGAGAGUCAAAACCAAUCUCCUUACGAUGAUUCCACUGCUGGCCAUGGAAACUGCUUUCCACUAUGCCAUUCAACAUGAGAGGCAAGUUGGCAAGCCAAGUCAGGACUCUCAAGUGGAAUCUGUUGCUUUGUUGGCUGCAAAUCAAUCAAGAGGAAAAGAGAAUGUUAAGGGCAGUCAGGGUACCUUAUUCUUUAGAUACUGCAAAAAGGAUAACCAUGUUAUUGCAGACUAUUUCAAGCUGAAGAGAAAGAAUAAGGAGUCUGGGUCUACUUCUGGUUUUGCAGGACAGAUCCAAAGCAUUGAUAAUGCUGGGAAUGAUACAAGAGGAAAUCAGUCAAAACCAGAAACUAGAUCUAUGUCUGAGACAAGGGAUGGGGGUUUUACUAUUGUGAGACUUUCGAAUGAAGAUUUGAGUAGACUGUAGAGAAUUCUGAAUCAAUUUGGGUCACCAAGUCCACCCACAUCUCCUGGCUCACUGACUCACUCCUACUGUCACUCUAGAAAAUGGCCAAGUGAAACCACUUCCUAAGGCGUAGUAUAGCGGGUUUGGGUUUAAAUGUCAACCCGGGUCCUAGAUUUGAUGACUACUCAGUGUAUUCUUGUUAUCUAGCAAUGAAACUUUAGUGCAGGUCUAAACUAACAAACAAACAAAGCAAGUAAACGGUUGUUUUCAGGUUAAGAGAGGUCACUCACAUAUGGUUCCCCCUAGACUGCAGUUAAGCCGGAUUGCAAUUACCAAGUUCAGUUUCUAUGAUAGUUAUACUGCGGAAGGUACUUAAACAGCCUGAAGUCUCGACUAAAGGUCUUCAGACCCUCUCAAUCUGAGUCUCUAGCGGGCGACUAACCUCCACCAGAGUAAACAGAUUGAGGCCCUAACGAACAAAACCUCCACUACCGAAGUGAAUUCGGUACAGAAUAGUGAGUUGGCUCCUCGACUAAAGUCACCAACUCCCUACCUUCAAUCAAGGAUGCUCUAUCAACCUAGGCAGAUAUUCUCAUUCUAGGUUAAAGCAGAAACAACAGGAAUUUGAUCAGGAUUCAUGCCAUUCAAUCAUUCAAACCUCAAUUGAAUAUAAUCAAAUCAUAGAAUCAGUACUUGGGUUCAUACAAUCAAACCUAACAUACAAAUCUAGGGUUCUCCAAACCCAGAUGAAUGGGAGAACUACUCCAUGGAGAAAGAAGCAAAAGCAGAAUCAGACGCGGAAAUCAUACUGUGAAGAAUGGAUUUCUGCUCCUGGACGUUGAUCGGUACUUCUCCAAGCUCAAGCCAAGCUCCAAUGGUGAUGAAGAUCAAGCUAGGGCACUUGGGAACUCUUGUUCGUCGCUUUCUCUCUCUAGGAAUCUCUCUGCCUCUCUAAAACUCGAAUCCCCAUCUGUUUUGGCUGAAAUCUGCUUAAAAGGGCAUCACUAGGCAAAACACGGUAGAGGGCACGGCCGUGUUCUGCUCCAGCCCGCUCGUGCCCUUGCCAAGGGUUAAUUACACGGCCAGCUUGUUGGGGAAAACACGGGCGUGCUUUUGGUGGACACGGCCGUGUUCUGUCUCAGUCCUGCCCGUGUUUUGAGCUAGUGUUUGCCAAACUCAGAUCAAGUCUCGGCAGUAAAAGCACGGCCUAGGAACACGGCCGUGUUCUGAUUUAGGUGUGCCCGUGUUUUGGCUCCAGCUCGACCGAAUGACUUCCGAAUGCCCCGAAACUCGUGCUUAGCCUUUCCUUUGAUGCAUGGGACCUGAAAUAUGACAAAGUAGCAAAACCCGGCGUAAAAUAGGCCAAAAAUACACGACUAUGCCCCUCAAACGGAUAAGAACUAGGGGUGCAAAUACGUGCAAUUACAUCGUUAUCAAAUUCCCCCACACUUAACCGUUUGCUUGUCCCCAAGCAAACCAAGUCAGACACAAUGUAAGCUCAAAACGUUUCAAUCAAGCACGCUUUAGGACAUAUCAUAUCGGAACAAAAACGUGGAUCAUACUGGCUUUCGAUCAUUAACACAUGGACAACCUCAAUGACAACCCAGACAACCACCACAGAUGUCAUCGAAUGCAGUAAAAUCGAGCAAAGGAAGAGUCUCCCUUCUGUUCACCAACCAACAUAGACUUGACUCAACCACUUAUUCAAAAUAGUCACUUCAUGCACAAAGCUCAAGAUAUCAGAAUUAAGACCGAGCAAUCUAGGUCCUCACCGGGAUAAAGAGUAUAGAGAAUA